ACGCUUGUGAAACAGACCAAGCAGACGAGGCGGGGUUUGGGGUUUGAGAAGUCAAUGAGAGAAAUGGAAAGUAGUAGUUGAAUAUGUUAUUACUCCAACCGCGUGAAAGUAACAAACUGAAACGUUAUCAUUUUCGUCAAAAAUUACUUUAUAUCGAAAGAGUCCCUUUUGAUUUGACGGCAUGCACAUGCGCAGUUUGGCGCGAGUCGAUCGUUUGACCCAAUGACGUGUUUCUGCGCAUGAGUUUAGCUAGCCAAAGUCGCCAUGACAUCGCCUACAUGUGUGAUCAGGGAUUUUUAUUGGAGAAGCAGUUUCUGCUCUCUUCACUGUACGGUCUUUGACUGCAUCCUGUGGGCACAGAACAACGUGAUAACGUUUUAAACAUGAAUACAUUUUGCUUUGAAAACCUAUUUCUGAAUUGAAUCAAGUGGAUUUCGAUCUACCGAGUUUAGUCAAGGAAUACCAACCAAAGGUGGGCUCAAACUAUCCGAAGAUUGAGAGGAGCCUUAUCAACAUCCUGAAAUGGCUUCAUUCAAACCCACAAAAAUCCCAAUAUAUCCCAAACUUGGAGAGAAAGUUACUCCGGACACAUUGUAUUGGAAAAACUACAAGGCCCCAGUCCAGAUAAAGGAGUUUGGAGCAGUCACAAGCAUUGACUUCUCCCCUCUGGCGCCACACAAUUAUGCAGUGACCGCUUCUACACGGAUCCACAUCUACGGACCGUUUUCUCAGGAGCCAGUCAAGACGUUUACGCGCUUCAAGGACACGGCGUACAGCGGAAAGUUCCGGUCAGACGGUCAGCUCUUGGUGGCAGGAUGUGAGGACUCAGUGGUGCGGCUCUUUGACGUUAGCGGCAAGGUGGCGCUCAGGGUGUUCAAAGGGCACACAAAGGGGGUGCAUGUAACAGAUUUCACCUCAGACUGUUACCACAUCCUGACGGGCUCAGACGACUACACCUGUCGCCUGUGGGACAUCCCCAAUUCCACUGAACUGACCUCAUACAAGGAACACACAGACUAUAUCCGCUGUGGCACCACCAGCAAACUCAACAGAGAUAUCUUCAUAACUGGCUCCUAUGACCACACACUGAGGGUGUUUGAUGCCAGAGUGGAAAAGAGUGUGAUGACCAUGGACCACAGCCAGCCUGUAGAGAGCGUUCUACUCUACCCCUCAGAAGGACUACUGGUUUCAGCAGGAGGGCGCUAUGUGAAGGUGUGGGACCUUCUGAAAGGAGGCCAGCCUCUGGUGUCACUGAAGAACCACCACAAGACCGUCACCUGCCUCGGUCUCAGCGGCAACGGACAGAGACUGCUCUCUGCCUCACUCGACAGGCACGUGAAAGUCUACAACACAACCAACUACAAGGUGGUUCAUAACUUUGACUACGCCGCCUCCAUUCUCAGUCUUGCCCUGGCUCCUGAUGACGAGUCUGUUGUCGUGGGGAUGACCAAUGGCAUCCUGAGCAUCAAACACAGGAAGAGCCCUGAGGAGAAACAGGAAGUGGCUGGCAAACAGAGGAGGAGGCCGGUGUACCGCAUCUUUGUCAAAGGAAGAAACUACGUCCCGAAAAAGGAUGACUUUCUUGUCAGCAAACCAGUGAAGAGCCAUCUGGCCAAAUACGACAAACAGCUGAAGAGAUUCAACAUCUCCAAGGCCUUGGAUACCGCCCUGGAGUCGUGGAGGAAGAACAGAAAGCCUGAGAUCACGGUGGCGGUGAUGAAGGAGUUGGAUCGCCGAGGAACAUUGAAUAACGCUCUGGCUGGACGAGACGAGCAGAACCUCUCUCAACUCCUCAAUUUCCUGAUUGGGAAUGUAGUUGAUCCCAGGUUUACGCCUGUCCUCGUCACCGCCACUGAGAUGAUUCUAGACAUCUACAAGGCAGUGGUGGGUCAGUCUUCAGUAGUGGACAGACAGCUUGUGCGUCUCCAGGAGCUGGUGGAGAGAGAGAUUGACUACCAGCAGGACCUCCUGGAAGUGCUGGGGAUGUUGGAUACCCUAUUCGCCUCAUCCCUCCCCAGGAAAGAGGUGCCUUGCCCGGGCAGCAGCCGGCCUAACGGCUUGGCAGAGGGGGGUCUGGGGGCGCCAGGGCCACAGCUCCAGGCCGCCUGAGGCCCCUACAAAAGACUGUUCCACCGGGAUGCCUGGGCUGCCCCCGGCACGACUAGUUCCGGAAGCGCUUCUCUGUCUUUGACGGAACAUCGUCAGACUCGAGAACCCAUGACUACAUCCUGCUAUCUGAAUUUACACCACCAACUGAAAAAUGAAACCAUUGAUUUGAGCAACCAACCUGAGCCUCGUUCCUGCUGGGCUCCCUGGUUUUAACAGAGAGGGUCUUUUAACUGGCUCCAGAGAACGGCCAAAAUGGGUUUGACUCUUCAGAGACAGUGUUUUGUAAAUGUAUACAUAUCUGUAUGUGUGAUUUAAAUCUCUGUAUCUGACUGGACACAAAGCGACAAUUAAUUUGAUUGGAACGCCAUAAAAUUGUCUUUCACAGCUAAUGUUUCUCUAAACAUUGACUGUUGUGAGUGUAUUCCAUUUCUCUUCGCCCUAUCUGUCCAUGUUUGAGUUUUUAUAGAAUUUGCAUACAUUUUCAAUGUGCAGUAAAUAAAAUAAAAAGAAACCUGAAGUAAACUA